AUGGCUGAGGCAGUGGAACUGGCAGAGCCCAAUGGCGAAUCCUUUCGCGCACAGGUUAAAACUCAGGCGCCGCUGGGAAAAGUGCUCAAGGCACCUGCGAGGCGGGGCCCGCGCUCCGUGCUCAAAGUGUCCCAGCUGCUGCUCCGGGCCAUCGACGCACACCAGGGACUGACUCUGGCCACUCUCAAGAAGGAGCUCGCCAAUGCCGGCUAUGAGGUGCGCAGGAAGAUUAGCCGCCGCUCGGGCGAAACGGCUAGGCCCGAGGUUAAGGGCACGCUCCUCCGGGUCAGCGGCAGCGACGCCGAGGGCUACUACAGGGUCUGUAAAAUCCCGAAGCCUAAGAGGAAGCCGGUACGCCGAAAGGUGGAAGAAGGCGCCCGCUCUCCGAAGAGGCCCCCGCCGAGGCCCCGGAGCCCACGAAGGCGCCGCACGCGUCGCAAGGCGGCCAAGAAGGCCAGGGCAGUAUGGAGACGGGACGCGAAGAUGGCUUUGAAGAUGAAGAGGCUGAGGUCAAAAGCCAAGGACCAGGUGCUGCCCAGGUCCAAAAAGGAAGCGAGACUCAAGGUGAUGGAAAAGGGGAGAUCACGGUCUAAGAAGGAAGAGAAGAAGCCCAAAACAAAGGAGGACCAGAGGCCAAGCUCAAAGCAAAGGGAAGAGAAGAAACAGGACUGUGAGAAAUUGGUAAAGCGGACCAACCAGAAGCCAAGCCCGGCCCAAACCAACCGAACCUCGAGCGGGCCAGCUAAGUCCCAGGAAGUAAAGGCUGCUCGCACAAAGUCUUCUACUAAAUCUGAUCGUCUUAAAACUGCAGCUGGAAAUCCCUAG